UACCUGAAAUUAAAGAAUUUUGAGGAGGAAGUCAGAGCCCAGCGAGACCUGGAUGGGUUCCUGGCCAGAGCCAGCAUCAUCCUGGAUGAAACAGCCACGUCCUUGGACGAUGUUCUUCGGGAGAUGCUGAGACACUUUGCGGAGGAUCCCGAAAACAUGGAGCCGAGCUGCAACUUUGAAAAAAUCAUGAGCACUUUAUUCACAGAUUCAGGGACCCCACGGGAAGGCAACGGCACCCAUGAUGUUUCAGAGUCAACAGGAAUGAAUAAACAAACAUGUACAUCGCACCACAAAUUUCACCUCUUAUCAGAUACGAUCCAAGGGGUCACAGCGACAGUCACAGGGGUGCAGUAUCAGCAGUCCUGGCUCUGUAUCAUGUAAGUACCU